AUGCAUCGAAGUGGUAGCAAUGAUUUCAACAUUUUGUCAACGGCGUUGCACCAAUACAAAAUUACCAACAAUGGUAAACCUUUUGGCAACCAAAAAGCGUGGGAAGUUUGUCGCAAUGGCCCAAAAUGGGUCCUUUAUCUGGAAACGGCGCAUUCGGGAUCUACCACCGGUUCCAAUAAAAGGCCGAGAACGUCCGAGUCGGAGAUCGGUGCUAACCUCGACCUCAAUGAUGAGUUCGACGCCACCGAGGGUGAGGGUCCAUCGGACGUCCAUCUUCGUCGACCACCGGGUAGGGACAAAGCGAGAAAGGGGGCUUCGUCUAGCGGAAAAUCAACCAACGAGGACAUGUUAGCGGAGAAAAUCGAAAAAACUCUAAAUUUUUUAGAAAAAAAAUUUGAUGCAACGAAGGAGCAACGCCGGCGACAAUUGGCACUCACCAAUCUUCAAAUCGUAAACACAAUGCCGCAACCCAAUCUCGACCUGGAAAAUUUAAGGGUCUUUAUGAAAAUUCAACAAGAAGUUCUCGACCAAUAUCGCAACUAG